UGCAAGGUCACCUUACCCUCCACAAACUGUCGAGCAUCAGUUCAGUGAAUUCACGUUUAACAGGUGUAGUGUUUUCGGUGAUAAGAACAUUAAUCUUGAAAUUUAAUAAAUAAUAUUACCGAUAUUUAACCCGAUAGGAAACAAGCAUCACCAUGGCAUCGAUAAAGGAACAAUUGUUGAGCACCGUGACGGAACCAGUUGCAACUGGAAAAAAUAAAAUUACAAUUGUUGGAGUUGGUCAAGUUGGAAUGGCGUGUGCUUUUAGCAUUUUAUCUCAUCACGUGUCAAGUGAAAUUGUCCUCGUUGAUGUAAUGGCCGAUAAAUUAAAAGGCGAAAUGAUGGAUCUUCAGCAUGGCAGUUCAUUUUUGAAAAAUGCAAAAAUAAAUGCAAGCACUGAUUAUGCAGCGAGUGCAAAUUCUGUUCUUUGUAUUGUAACGGCCGGUGCACGUCAACAUGAGGGCGAAACACGUUUAAGUUUGGUGCAACGAAAUACCGAUAUAUUUAAGGGAAUUAUUCCACAAUUAGUGAAAUAUAGUCCAAAUACAAUGCUUCUUAUUGUCUCAAAUCCAGUUGAUAUUCUCACUUAUGUGGCAUGGAAACUUUCUGGUCUACCAAAAAAUCGUGUCAUUGGCAGUGGUACAAAUUUGGAUUCAGCGCGUUUUCGAUUUUUAUUAUCGCAAAAAUUAAACGUUGCACCAACUUCGUGUCACGGUUGGAUUAUCGGCGAACACGGCGACACCAGUGUUCCAGUUUGGUCGGGCGUUAAUGUUGCUGGGGUCAGAUUACGCGAACUGGACGAGAGAAUUGGUACAGAUAAAGAUGAGGAAAAGUGGAACGAACUCCAUAAACAGGUGGUCCAAAGUGCAUACGAGGUGAUAAAACUCAAAGGUUACACUUCCUGGGCCAUUGGUCUUAGUGUUUCAAAUUUGGCCGCUGCCAUGCUCAGAAAUACAAAUCAAGUUCACGCCGUGUCAACUAUGAUUAAAGGGCUCCAUGGAAUCAAGGACGAGGUAUUUCUCUCGCUUCCAUGUUCUCUUGGUGAGGAUGGUGUCACUUUUGUGGUAAAACAAAAAUUAACAGACGCAGAGACUGAACUUCUACAUAAAUCAGCAAAAACAAUGAACGAUGUUCAAAAGGAUUUAAAAUUUUAAUAUUAAUUUAAAAUCAUCUCUAAAAAAAUAAUUGCAUGCUAGCAUUUUUCAAUUUUUAAAUCGUCUAUAUUUAUUACCAAAAAAAAAAAAAAAAAACCACUGACUCCCAAGACUUUUUAAACGAAAGUAUAAAUAAUUAUAUUUGUAUAAACAAGAGCAGGAUCUCUUAAAUCAAGUUCCUAAUUAAUCAUCGCAUUUGUUUCUCUUUUUUUCCCCCAGGAUUUUAUUUAAUAUUUUUUUUUCUAUUUAAAAAAAUGUAUUUUUCGAAAUUAUUCGAAUUUCAUAUAUCAAAAAUGUUCGAAUUUUCUUUUUUUCUAAACUUGAAUUUUGAAGCUAAAUUUUUGGUUGAAUUUUUUUAUUUUAGUUAAUAUUAGUUAAAUAUUUUCUUUUUUAAUUUUUUUCUUUGCUAUCGAAAUUUUUGAUAUGUGAACAUUUUCAAAACAGUAUUUUGAGUUACAAAUUUCCGAAAUACAGUAUUAUUAAAAAAAAAAAAAAAAAAGAAAAAAAAAUUGUAUUAUUGGCAGUGGUACAGUAUUAUAAAUUAUUGUGUCUGUUGUCGUUAAUCUAUUAUAUGUUUGUAACAAAACGAAUAACAUUCAAAAAGUUUGUAUGUACUAAAAAAAAAACCAAUAUUUGUAUUUUCCACUGUGACAGAAUUUAAAUUGUCUCUAUUUUUCAAACACUCGGGAAAUAAUUUUAAAUAAAUUAUCCGUUGUGUAUGAAAUUCAA